CGACGGCUCAUUUAGAACGUCAAUGCGGCAGUCGUCCAAUCUUCAUUUGCAUAUUUUUAAGAUUUGUGCAACGAUUUCGAGUAAAAUUUAGCUACGGAUAGUCUAGUAGAGUAUAUUUCAAUAAUUGUCUUGCGUGGCAAUGUUCUCUUUACUCGGGCCGAAGAUGUAUACACAGUCAAAGUGGCGGAAUUUAUAGUUUACUGUUCACCUUUCUUUUUGCAGUAGCUAUGCCUGUUGUCAAGAUGACAAAUGUUAUGAAGUUUUUAUUAGGUUAGGUUAGGUUUCGUUACAUAUUUUUGUUGUUUUUGUAAAAGUUGUUUGAGUUAGUCCAAUAAUUUAAUUAUAUGGAUAGGAAUGAAAUACCUCGCUAGACGUUUCCUACAUCCAUUCCAAACCGUAAUCAUACCCAAAAUGGCAAAAAGCAAGUUUGAAUACGUGCGUGAAUUUGAAUCGGAAGAGACUCUUUUACCAAAUUGUUGGAUAGUUGUGAGGAUAGACGGCAAAGCAUUCCAUAAGUUCUCAGCAAAACACAAUUUUGCAAAGCCAAAUGACCUUAGGGCAAUAUCUUUGAUGAAUAAAGCAGCAACAUGUGUCAUGCAGGAUUAUAAAGACAUUGUAAUGGCAUAUGGACAGAGUGAUGAGUAUUCAUUUGUGCUACGCAAGAGUUGCACACUUCAUAAUAGAAGAAAAUCAAAAAUAAUGACCUAUAUCAGCAGUCUGUUUACCUCAUCUUAUGUAUAUCACUGGCAUAGCUAUUUCAAAGACCAAAAACUGAAGUACCCUCCUUCUUUUGAUGGUAGGAUAGUGCUAUAUCCCACAGAUCAGAAUUUGAAAGACUACCUUAGUUGGAGACAAGCAGACUGCCAUAUCAACAAUUUGUACAACACAACAUUUUGGAACCUAGUUUUAACAGGAGGAUUAACGCCUGCCGAAGCUGAGAAGAGGUUGUGUGGCACGCUAUCAAGUGAUAAAAAUGAAAUAUUGUUCAGUGAGUUUGGCAUAAACUAUAACAAUGAGCUUGAGGUGUACAAAAAAGGCACAAUAUUACUGAGGAAAAGACUAAAACGCCCUAAUAGUGAUAAGCAUAAAAUAGUGAUACUUCCACUCCAUAUAGACUUAAUAAAAGAAGAGUUCUGGGAGGAAAACAGUGAAUUGUUACAAAUGGAAACAUGUCAUAAGUAUGAGUGGCCUGAAGAUAUACCUUUACCAGAUUUAGUUUUGUCCCAGUUACAUAUAAACAUUGAAAAUAAAGUUGAUAUUGAAGCUGAUUGAUAAAAUUGAUUGUUUUAUUUUGCUUGAAAAAAUGCAACCUAAUAUAAUGUCUGCAG